ACCGUUGCUUCUGCAAUUAGCUGGUCUUUAUACUGUUUAGGAAGAUAUCAAAAGGAGCAGGAAAAAGUAUAUACUGAAAUAUCAGAGUUACUAGAAGAUACAUGAGGGGUAACGUGGGAAAAUCUUCAGGAGAUGCCCCGCCUUACAGCUUUUGUGAAAGAAUCAAUGAGAAUGUUUGCACCAGUACCGGGAACAGCACGUCUACUGACGUCACCAAUGAAGUUUGGUGAUAUUAUUGUACCCGCUGGUGUUCAUAUAGAUAUUAGCAUUCACUCGAUUCAUCACCAUCCAGAUGUUUGGCCUGAACACGAGGUAUUUAAACCGGAAAGAUUUUUAAAGGAAGAUAGAACUAACAGAUAUCAUUACAGCUACAUACCAUUUGCUGCAGGAUCAAGGAAUUGUAUUGGGCAAAAUUUUGCAAUGAACGAAAUAGAAGUUAUCAUUAGCAGAUUAGUUCAGAGAUACAAAGUAUCAUUGGUAGAUGGCCAUAAUUAUGAAAUCAAUCCAGAACUGAUUAUGAGGGCAACACAUGGAAUCAAAGUAUUAUUGGAAAAUCCUUUGAUGGAGAAGGAGUGGCAAAUCGUAUAAUAGCUGAUGGAAUUUAUAAACAGAACAGUUUACCCAUAAACAUUAGAAAUACUUAAACUACGUAGAUGGAUAUCCUGAAAAAAAUUAAUUCAUUACUAAAGCACCAAAAAAUCUUUUGUAAAGCAUAUAACUGUCAUCAGCUUUUUUUAAUUUUGGAUAUGUUAGUUGAAUUCUCUCCUUGUCAUUGGUUAUUUUGUUACUUGAGUUCAAUUAUCGGUGUAAUGUAUUAUAUAAACUCAUCAUAGAUACCGAAUCACAAAUAUUUGUACUGACAUCAGGCACUGGGAAUACUCAAGGGAAAAUUAGAGCGACAGAGAAGACGAUAGUUUGGAAUUGCCUGACCCUAAUCUAAUCUGAAAUA